ACGACGAAGGACGAUACGUUGUAAGCAUACCUUUCAACGACAAAAUAGUAGAAUUAGGAGAAUCGCGAGACAAGCGAAACGCCGUCUCAUUUGUCUAGAACGUAGAUUUAGAAAAAACCCUGAACUCCGUCAAAAAUUUAUAGACUUUAUGAGCGAGUAUGAAUCGCUUGACCAAUCAGGGUGUUUUCCCCCUGACAUGGGUUAUAGAGCAGGCUGCAAAUACCAACGUGACUAACCUAACCACCAUACCUGACGUCAUCACGAAGCUCUACCACUUCGAUACGGACUAUGUUAUUAGUGAAGGAAUCCCGGAAGGAUAUAGAGGGCAAGGUGGUACUAUGUGUGUACAGAGCGAAGCCACACUUAAGAUUUUGGCUACAGACAUAUGGAACAUCUCACGUGAGAUGUUUGUUAGAACUGAAAAUCUGCAAGAAUAUUAUGCAGCUCUAGCUCGAAAGGGAGGAGUCAACGUUACGGUGACAGGAGACAACACCACUCGAUCGAUAACCGAGAAGUCACGCGUACACAUUUGUUCACGAUUGCACGCGGAUGAGUCUCUACUCUUCGUGCCUGGACGCGGGCUCUGAUUGGC